AAACUCACGAGGAGAAUAUUCAUUACACCUGUGACUGCUUACUCAGAGGAAUUGGAAGUGUUCUGGAAUAUCUGAUAGUGGUUCGUUCGCGCCUUGGAAAUUCAAGUUUCAGUACUCGAGGAAAGUUGUACAAGACAUUUAAACAACGGACUUCUCUCGAAAGGAUCUCUCGAAAGUCCAUUGCAUAAUGGCGGUACGAGGAAGUCAAUCAUACCUUCAAGAUAUGUUCGAUGAACCGAUGUUGGAUCCUGAUGACAAUGUGAGCGAGAUCGCGGAAUUCUUCGCGGGAUGCAACGUCCUUGUAACGGGAGGGUCUGGAUUUUUGGGGAAACUGCUGAUUGAAAAAUUAUUACGGUCAUGUACUGGCAUCAAGAAUUUGUACAUGCUCAUGAGAACGAAGAAAGGAAAGUCUCCGGAAGUGCGAUUUAAGGAACAGUUCGAAGAUGUCCCGCCGAUUUAUAAUGUGGUGUCGUCUUGUCAAGCUCCCAUCACGUGGGGCGAAUAUAUGAAAAAAAACGAGAUUUACGGAAUGGAGGUCCCCAGUGAAAUGGUCCUCUGGUAUUACUGUUUCACAUUGAAUAAGAGUCUGUGGAUACAUAACAUCUACGUUUUCUUUCUUCAUCUAAUACCGGCUCUCAUAGUCGACAGUUUAGCAUAUGUCACCGGCCGAAAGCCAAUAUUAUGGAAUGCGUACAAGAAGAUUCACAAAUUCAGCGGGGUCAUCUCGUAUUUUUCCACCCAGCAGUGGACAUUUCACAACAAGAGAGUUCAAAAGUUAUGGGAAAGGCUUCGUCCUGCCGACCGGAAAAAGUUUUUCUUUUCCAUUGGGGAACUGGACUGGGAAGAGUACAUGCGUUAUCAUAUCCGUGGUCUUAGAUUGCAUAUUUUAAAAGACACCCCGGAUACUGUAGACAAGGGGCGAAUUAAGUACAGAAAGUUGAAAAUCGCCCAUUACACGAUAUCGAUCGUCGCAAUUCUUUUAUUGGCCUGGGCCCUUAUAGCGAUUGUGCGCUGCUUCAUAGGCUGGUAACAACAAAUGAAGAUGCAUUUGCUUUGUUUUUUUUUUUUUAAUUGGAAAAUCAGUGUCGCGUCGAUCGUUGCGAAUGUGUCAUUAUGCAAACCUACAUUCGAGAUCAUUUACGAUCCUUUACGGUCCUUUACGGUCCUUUACGGAUCGUUAUGGUGGACAGCAGGAAAUUAACUUCUAAUAUACUUAGAUAAUUUACAUGUAUUUAUUUAAGAUCAGUGCAUAUUUAAACCAUCAACGGAUGAAUUUUUCAAUAAAUCUAGUGAGUCAGAA